AUGGAGUACUACACGCCCAUCAAGUCGGAAAGCGACGACAGGCACUACCGCGGUAUCAUCCUGCCCAAUAAGCUCCAGGUGCUGCUCGUGUCUGAUCCGACCACGGAUAAGGCGGCAGCGGGAAUGGACGUGCUGGUGGGCCAUUUCCAAGACCCCGAGGAGUUCCCCGGUCUUGCCCACUUUUGUGAGCACAUGCUGUUCUUGGGCACGGCCAAGCACCCCGAUGAGAACGCCUAUUCGAGUUUUCUUUCGUCUCACGGCGGCUCGUCCAACGCCUACACGUCGACCGAGGUAUCCACAGUCAUAUCCCAGAUCCUGAACUUCUUCAUUGCUCCUUUGUUCACAGAGAGCGCCACGGAGAGAGAGCUCAACGCAGUUGAAUCUGAGAACGCCAAGAACCUGCAAUCGGAUGAAUGGCGUCUGUACCAGCUGCUCAAGUCAACAGCCAACCCGGCACACCCGUUCCACAAGUUUGGCACCGGUAACCUUGCCACGCUGUUCGAGAGGCCCAAGGCGAACAACUUGGACAUCAGGCACGUGGAAAGCGCUUCUCGAGUUCCACAGCAAGUACUACUCAUCCAACGUGAUGAAGCUCGUGGUCCUCGGCAGAGGCAGGCUCCCCUCCCGAGCGUUGCAUACCACUCAGUCAAGGAUACCGGCAGGGCCUAUGAUCUCACCAACCGGGAAGUUAUUCCUUUCCGUCAGCAGGAGCUGGGCCAACUGUUCAAGAUCGUGCCGGUCAAGGACCUGCGCAACUUGGGCAUCAUAUUCCCGUUUCCCGCGACUGACGAGCACUAUCUCAAGAAGCCCACGCACUACCUCUCCCACCUCAUCGGGCACGAGUCGCAGGGAUCCCUGCUCUCCCUCCUCAAGAAGAGGGGUCUCGCCAACGAGCUUUCCGCCGGCUCCUCCCGCAGCGCCGCCGAUUUUGAGCUCUUCAAGAUCUCCAUCAAGCUCACGGACCAGGCCGCAGGUCGCUACGAGGAGGUGGUGCAGCUCCUGUUCGAGUACAUCCAAAUGCUCAAGGACGCCAAGAUGCAGGAGUGGAUCUUCAGAGAGAUUCAGCAGGUCGACGCGACGGACUUCCGUUUCAAGGAGAAGGACGAACCGUUUACCUAUGUGAGCAGGCUGGGCGAGCAGAUGCAGCUCUACCCGCCCCAUCACGCCAUUGCCGGCCCUUACCUCCUGGAGCAAUAUGAUCCCGAGCUCAUUAGCAGCUUGUUGAACCUCCUCAACCCGUCGAACAUGCGAAUCCACCUGGUCUCCAAGGAUUUCGCUGGCGUGGCGAACGAGAAGGAGGAGUGGUACGGAACCGAAUUCUCCAGGGAGCCCCUCGCGCCCGAGCUCCUCUCCAAGUGGACCCAGGUGCAGCCCUGCCCCGACUUGCAUCUCCCGCCCGUGAACGAGUUCGUCCCAACCGACUUUGACUUGAAGCCGCGAGAGGCCGAGGCGCCCACGGUCCCGGUCAAGCUGAUCGGCAAUGACAUGAUGGAGCUGUGGUUCAAGCAGGACGACCGCUUCAACGUGCCCAAGAUGGAGUGCAGGCUGGCGGUGGUUUCGCCCGUGGCCUACGAUUCGCCGGCGCAUUCGGUCAUGAGCUACCUCUUUGUCGAGCUUCUCGAGGACGCGCUCAAUGAGUACUCGUAUCUGGCGCAAAUCGCUGGGCUCAAGUUUGCGCUGGCCUCCACGACCAGGGGACUCACGCUGCGUGUGAACGGCUACAACCAGAAGCUGCCGCUCCUCGCGGAAAAGAUCGUCGACAAGAUGCGCACCCUGGAGAUCAGGCAGGACCGCUUCGAUAUCUUCAAGGAGAAGCUGGGGCGUGAGUACCGCAACUACAUCAUGAAUCAGCCGUGGGAUCACUCGAGGCACGAGCUGGAGAUGCUUCUGCUGGCCCAAAACUGGGACUUCCCCGAAAAGAUCCGGGCCCUCGAGCAGGUCACCAGGGACGACAUGCAGGCCUUCUGCGGUCUGGUGAUGCGGGAGGCCUACCUGGAGUUCCUCAUCGCCGGCAACGUGCGAAAGGAGGAGGCCGUCCAGCUGGCCGAGGGCCUGGCCAAGGCCACCGGCGCGCUGCCGCUCUCGGCCUCGCGCAUCCCCGAGCGCAGGGUGGUGCGCCUGGAGGACGGCAAGUCGUACGUGCUCGAGAAGGCCGAGUAUAACCCCGAAAAUGUCAACUCUGCCAUUUACCAGUACUACCAGAUUGGACUGGAGGAGCUGCACCGCGCGACCUAUCUCGAGAUGCUCUCCCAGAUCGCCCGCGAGCCCGCCUUCGACACUCUGCGCACGAAACAGCAGCUCGGCUACAUCGUGUGGUCCGGCGUGAGGAACGUGUACGGUGUGAUGGGCUUCCGUGUCAUCAUCCAGUCCUCCGUCAAGGACCCGGCCUACAUGGACGACAGGAUCGAGGAGUUCCUGGUCCAGCUGAGGACUCUCAUUGAAACGAUGCCGGAGGAGGACUGGACCAACAACUUGAACGCGGUCAUCUCGAAGAUGGAGGAGAAGGACAAGACCCUGGGCCAGGAGACGCGGAGAUUCUGGAACGAGAUCACGACCCACGCGUACAUCUUCGACCGCGCCGAGCUCACCAUGAACAUCCUCAAGGAGGACGUCACCCGCGCCAAGCUUCUCGCCUUCUUCGACGAAAAGCUGCGCGUUGGCGGUCGCAUGCGAAGCAAGCUGAGCGUGCACAUCUACGGCAAGGCGUUCCCGGUGCCCGUGGGACCCCACGAGUCGACCGCGUCCGAUCCGUCGGUGGUGCGGCUGGGCAAGGACGUCGACUACGCGCGCUUCAGGAAGAGCCACUGCCUCUACCCCGAAAACACCUGA